GUAGAAACAAAAACGCAAACGAUUCUAUCUUUAUCUCCGGUGUGAUUUUUUAUUUUUUAUUUUUUACCCGAAUUCUUUUUUAUUUGUAUACCAGGUGUGUGUGUGUGUGUGUGUGUGUGUGUGUGUGUGUGUGUGUGUGUGUGGGGCUGAGCGCGUGCUUUGUCUUUACUGUAUUUCUGAAAGUUUUUGUGCCCAAAUCUCAGAAAUCACGACUUGAUUCGAGGAGAAACGAAAACCUGAAAGAGACAGAAAUCUUCUGUAGAAGUUUAUUCUAAUACACAAAUUAUUUACAACUGUCUGUCUGUCUGUCUGUCUGUCUGUCUGUCUGAGUAUCUACACUGUAUACAGUUUUCCUGAUGCUCUGCACAAUGGAGAUGUGAUUGAUCCUGUAUACAGUCAUGUCACAGAUUGAUAAAUCUCACCUUCCGCACGUCUACGACGUGUGUCAGUGUUUCUCGGUGCUGGAAGAUGGAGCUCUGGCUCACAGCCUUCAGGAGCAGGAGAUCGAGCAGUUCUACAACUCCAACCUGCAGAAGAACCAGGCGGUGCAGAGCGAUGUCCGCUUGGCUCGAAGGCUACAGGAUGAGGAGGAGGAGGAGGAAGAGGAGAGGGUUCAACUCACACAACAGCUCCAGCAGCUGGAGGAGCAAGACUGCGAGUACGCGAGAAUGAUUCAGGAAGAGCUGCGGCGAUGUGACGAAGAAGAUCAGAGGAGGGAGGAAGAGGACGAGGAGAUGGCCAAGCGGCUGCAGGAAGAGGAAGAAUCGAUGAUUAGACAGGAGAGAGCUGAGGCUGGUCACCACGAGGACAGAGGAGACUCACUGCUCAGUCAAGGUUUAGGGCUCUGGGAGCAGAUGAUGCAGGAUGCAGAACUAGCACGUAGACUGCAGGAGGAGGAGGACACACUGCCUCACCGGAGAAUCACUGAAACUGACGUGGACUUCCGUACAGUUCAAGUGGCCCAAGAUGAGGAACUUGCUCGCUACAUGCAGCGACAGGAGAAGAAGAGCAGCAGAAGGUCAUGUGACCUGUUUGCCCUGGAGAGGUCACCUGAUCCAAGAGGCAGAAGAGUGCCGAGAGAGAGACUGAACUCUGAUGGCCUUCACUCGCCUGUGGAAGAGGAACAAUCACAGGACAAUCAGCACUCGCUAAUCCCCACAUGCACUACUCUACACGCUCAUCCGUUCCACAACAUUGCGGAGGAGCUGGACCCGACGUUCACCGGCAGGAAGCGGGAAACCGGAAUCUCCACCAGCCCGUCAUCGGGAAUCUGCCUGGCUCCUCGGACACCUCACAGCGUUUUCUACGACUACCUUCCGGAACCUUCUGCCAUCCCACCCAUCAGACGCCAGGCAGACAGACCGGGACGCCUCAAACCCAAAGAGAAGCGGGACAGCUGUAAGCAGCAGUGAAGGGAGGGGGGGUGUCUUUAGUUGUGCACUGUAGAUAAGGGAUGAAACACAUGGGGUGGUGUGAUGAAGCACACCUGUAGCUGCACAGCGUUUUAUUCCUCUUAUACCACAGCGAUGUACCAACGCUUAAUAUUUCCAUUAACAGAAUAACGACAGCUCGUACAUCAGCGUCACAGUAUGAUGUAGUUAAUGUUGUGGUUUUCCUUGUCACUUACUUUACAGAAGCUGUAAUAUAAUACAGUCGUUCUCUCACCUGCGUCGCUUUUCCCCCUCAUUAUAGUCAAUAAGACAAAUGCGGUCAUGUUUAUGUCCAGUCGUCGGAAUAAAAGCCGCUGUAAAAGAAACUGAAUCGACUCCUCCUGACCGAUCAGAGUGGAGAAUUCAGCAGCAUCGUGGAAACUCCUCGCCUCUGAAAACGAUUAAAUACUCCACUCCGUCUUCAGUUUUCAAGUAUUAGACAUUAGUAAAUAAAAAAAGACAGUAUUCUGAGAAGGGGGUCACGGUGGCUUAGUGGUUAGCACGUUCGCCUCACACCUCCAGGGUUGGGGGUUCGAUUCCCGCCUCCACCUUGUGUGUGUGGAGUUUGCAUGUUCUCCCCGUGCCUCGGGGGUUUCCUCCGGGUACUCCGGUUUCCUCCCCCGGUCCAAAGACAUGCAUGGUAGGUUGAUUGGCAUCUCUGGAAAAAUUGUCCGUAGUGUGUGAUUGCGUGAGUGAAUGAGAGUGUGUGUGUGUGUGCCCUGCGAUGGGUUGGCACUCCGUCCAGGGUGUAUCCUGCCUUGAUGCCCGAUGACGCCUGAGAUAGGCACAGGCUCCCCGUGACCCGAGGUAGUUCGGAUAAGCGGUAGAAGAUGAGUGAAUGAAUUUUCCACAGAGGGAUUUUUUCAAUGGCAGUUCUCAAAAAACUGGGACGUAAGGGCUUCGGUAAGGGCUUCGAAUACAUCGGAUAGAAAGAAUAUUAUAUUAACCUUAAAACCUUUUACAUGACAAGAACAUUCCUGGUUAUUUUUCAUUCAUUUGUGUUGUACUGUUUUGAUAUUAGGAGAAAUAUCUUUGAAUGCGUUUCUUUUUUAAAUAAAAAUGCUUGCUUGACUUUAAAGACUUUUUUAUGUAGUACAUAAAA